GGUGUGGAGUUCAGCCGCAUGCAUGCCAUGACUGCGUUUUACCGAAUACUUCUCCUGUUAUCUGUGGUUGUGGCCUCUGCGGCGACACGCAGGUCCCAACGGACAAAAAGAGGCUUACUGGAGUUGGCGGGAGCCAUCAAAUGCAGCACAGGAAGAUCUGCCUUGGCUUACAUGAUGUACGGAUGCUACUGUGGACUGGGUGGUCAAGGCUGGCCAAGAGACAAGGCAGAUUGGUGUUGCCACAGACAUGACUGCUGUUAUGGAGAUGCAGAACGUCUUGGCUGCCAAACCAAAACAGACCAGUAUAGGUGGACGUGUGAGGACAAGAAAGCUGAGUGUGAUGAUUUGAUGGGCAAAUGUGAAAAGCUGCUGUGCAAGUGUGACAGAGACGCCGCCAAAUGUUUGAGAAAGGCACCUUUUAUCCGGAAAUAUGCCCUUUGGCCCGAUUUCCUCUGUGGUCACGAACAUCCAAUGUGUAAUAUUUAUUGACACAAUACAUGUAUGUCCUGGUGUGCCUUUUGUAAAUAUAUUAUGUUACAUGGCAUUACUAUAAAAUACUCAAAGACACUCAAAUUAUUUGGCUUAUAUGGUGUGUGUGUAUUUUUUGCUGUUUUUUAUUAUCAGGCUCUUUUAAUUAAAUUGUGAAAGAACAUAAUGAGGUGUGUGAGGAGUAAAACAGUGUUGUGUCUUUGCAGAUACCUUUAUAUUGAAUAUGUUAUUUUAAUAUUGAAUAUGUUGUUUUAAUAAACGACAAAAGUAUUAAGA